UGCCUUCAUUUUACUUCAGGAAAAAGAAAGCUUUCAGUGGAACAGUGAUUACCCCACCUCCAGCCCUCUCUCCCGGUCUGUGGGCUUGUGUCCAUCUGCUUCUAGGGAAGAGGGACCUCCUUGAAAAAAAGCUCCCCCCUCCUUUUUUUUGUGUCAUACACAGUGAUUACUGCUGGGGUCAACCUCAGCAAGCCCUGCAGGUCCCACCAUCAGUUCCUCCGGCUUCACCACACACAGAUGCCUUCAGGAGGGACUGCUAGGGAUCCGCUGUGAGACUUCCCAGGAUUUGAAAGCUUCUCCAAGGGCUGGAAAGGAAAGAAACAAGGGGGACGCAUUUGCUUUGUUCUUGUUUUAUUCUCCCUCCUCCUUCUCCUAUCUGGAGAUCAGCUUGUACUUUACAAGAAGCCAGAACUGCAACUUUACAUAUAAAGGGGAGAGAGAGAGUUUAUUGUGUGUGCUGUAGUAAGGGAGGGCCAGGGUCCCUGCUGACUGCAAGCUGGGAUUUCCACUCUGUGGCCCUUUCUUUUAUUUUUGAUACAUAGUGUCUUUAGUAUCAUUGUUUCAAUUAUUCCAAGUGCGACUGGAGGAUGGCUGGGUGCUGUCUGUCUGCAGAGGAGAAGGAGUCCCAGCGGAUUAAUGCAGAAAUCGAGCGACAGCUCCGCAGGGAUAAGAGAGAUGCUAGGAGGGAAUUAAAGCUGCUUCUCCUGGGCACUGGAGAAAGUGGGAAGAGCACCUUUAUUAAGCAGAUGAGAAUUAUACACGGCUCUGGCUACACAGAUGAAGACAGGAGGGGAUUCACAAAGCUUGUUUACCAAAACAUUUUUACUGCUAUGCAGUCUAUGAUCCGGGCAAUGGAUACACUAAGAAUACAGUACUCCUCUGAGCAGAACAUGGAAAAUGCUUUAUUGGUCCGGGAGGUGGAAGUGGACAAAGUGUCCAGCCUAGAAAGAAAGCAAGUGGAAGCAAUCAAAAAGCUGUGGGAAGACCCUGGAAUCCAGGAGUGCUAUGACCGGAGGAGAGAGUACCAGCUGUCAGACUCUGCUAAAUACUAUCUUAGUGACAUUGAUCGGAUUUCUGUUCCUGCUUAUGUACCCACUCAGCAAGACGUACUGAGAGUCCGAGUGCCCACCACUGGAAUAAUUGAAUAUCCGUUUGAUUUAGAAAACAUAAUUUUUAGGAUGGUGGAUGUAGGAGGACAGAGAUCUGAAAGGAGGAAGUGGAUUCACUGUUUUGAAAAUGUUACCUCCAUUAUUUUCUUAGUUGCACUGAGUGAAUAUGAUCAGGUCCUUGCAGAGUGCGAUAAUGAGAACCGGAUGGAGGAAAGCAAAGCCCUGUUCAGAACCAUCAUCACAUAUCCUUGGUUCCAGCAUUCUUCAGUCAUUCUUUUCUUGAACAAAAAGGAUCUUUUAGAGGAAAAAAUCAUGUUCUCCCACCUAAUCGACUACUUUCCAGAGUUCUCUGGUCCUAAACAAGAUGCAAAAUCUGCCCGGGAAUUCAUACUGAAACUUUAUCAAGAUCAGAAUCCCGACAAGGAAAAGGUCAUCUACUCGCACUUCACCUGCGCCACAGACACAGAGAACAUUCGCUUCGUCUUUGCAGCUGUUAAAGACACUAUCCUACAGCUUAACCUGAGAGAAUUUAAUUUAGUGUAAAAGGACAAUACAAUUCGGUUUGUGAAUUUCAUGUCAUUCUGUAAUGAUUAACUACUACGCCUCUUUGUGAAUUCAGAUUCUGAAUAUUUCUUUCCUCAGACUACAAUGAUAAGAUGGUAUUGUGCAUCAUUUGAAGACACAGUCCUGUUGUCUGAGUUCUUAGAAGGAUCUUUGGUAAAGUUAUCUAGAAAAGAAAAAAAUAUUUUUUAUAUUCCCCACCGUUUAUUGGGUCUGUUUUUAAUGCAGCAUACUACAUGUAUUGUUUUUUAUUUUUAAACUUUAUUUUAAAAGGCGUGUGGUUGUUUUUAGCCAAUAUGUUGGGCAAGUGGAUAUUUAAAAAUAAAAAUAAAAAAUAAAUUCAUAGAUAUAUAAAACAUGCAGCUAGAUUGCAGUUUUAUAUUUUUUUUUUUGAUAAUCUCUAUUGUGGUAUAGUUUGCCAGAUUUGCCUUGGCUAUUUUAAUAGCGACACCGGUGGUCAUUGCCAUUUUUAAUAGUAUACAUUUUUAUGAUUUUUAUAGAUUGGGGUGUUUUAAAUGUAGAAUGUACUUUGUAUUUUUAGAAAGAGGAGAAAAAAGCAAGGGAAUAGUGGGACAUUCACGAAUACAUUAUAAAACAUUGAGUGUUUUUUUUUCUUUAUUUAAUAAAGCCAUACUAGUGGUAUGGAUCUACUCUAUUGUGAAGUAACUUAAUCACAUUUUUAAUGACGUCAAAUCAUAAUGUAAUACCAAAGAUAGAGAAUAAAAUGACAUUGUAAUGAUAUUUGUAAAUAUGUAUUCUUUAUAAAUAGAUGUAUGUAUAUAUAUUUGUAUAAGCAUAUAUACAUAUAUUUGCCAUUUUUCUAUUCCUGUAGGGCUAUUUCAAUUUAAAUAAAUUUAAAUUCAGAUGAUGAAAUAACACUAAACCAGGCUUUUACGAUGUAUAUUUUCUCUGAUUCCUUUGUAAUUGUGAUGGUGUUAUCUUAACCAGGUUAUCUUUUGACCAGGAAUAUUUCUGCAAAUGGCCUAGAAAAAACAAAUCUUUUUGUUUUUUGGCAUAAAUAAGUACAAUGUUAUUGUCAAAUCAUUACAACUCGGUGAAGGAACCCCCUGGAAAACUUGGCUAAGGCAAAAAUAAAAAUGUUAAAUAACAUCUGUAUCUUUACAGAACAGAAAGCGUAAGCAAAAACCACUUAAAGGAACACUAUAGUCACCAGAACUAUUACAGCUUAAUGUAGUGGUUCUGGUAUCUAUAGCCUGUUCCUGCAGGCUGAGCACUGUAAAUGCUGCCUUUCUGGAGAAAAAUAGUUAAACACUAUAGUGCUAGAAUACAGGUUUGUAUUCCUGACACGAUUGUCGCUAUAAAAGGUUUUGUUUUGGAGGGAAUAUUUUCACUCCUCCCAAUACAGCUUUUAAUAUUUUACUUUUAACCUGAUCCUGACCUAAGUGACUUUCUCAGGAACAGGCUUGCAAAUACCAUAGACAGUUGUGGGAUUGCUCGAAUAUUUUUUUAUUUUAUUAUUAUAUUGCACUAAAGACUGUGGCAAAAAUCAAUGUUUGCUAAAUAUUUUACAUUUUUGAUGCGUUAAUAAAGUUCUAUGAAACAUAUUUGCUAAAUACAUUGUAGUAAAUGGUACAAACCCUAAAACACUGGGGUAGGGAGUUCCUAUGCUCACAUUAAAGGUCUGCAUUACAGAAGCAUCCAGCCACCCACUAGUGCAACAUGCCUGUGCUACCCUGCAUUACACACUUGACAAAUGUGUUUAAUCUUUUUAUGCCAUACCCGACACCUGCUUUGGCCUUUCCAGGGUAUAUGAUACUAUACACAUUUUAUUCUUGUUGUUUUAUUGUUUUUGCUAUGUUUACAAUUUCAAUAAAGAUCUAAAAUCAUAUUGACUAAAA